CGUUGACCGGUCCUCACUGCCACCUGGAAAAAGUCCAGACCCUGUGGCAGCUGCUACAGGAAAAACUGACCUAAAGAGUCACAGUCGCCUGGUCACCCACUUCCCUCCAGGUGCACUCGGAUUGGGCGGUGUCGCUCCUUUUCCGGGGAGCGGCUAUAAAGGGAAGUGGUUGGCUACCCUUUGGAGCCACGAAGGGUGUGGUUCCCGUGGGCAGGGCUUCAGGUGCCACCAAUUGUGUGUCCCGCGGGUGUCGGGUGUCUGCUGCGUUACAACUCUGGGCACAAAGGUCAGCUUGAGCUCACAGAUGUCCAGAUAUUUUAUCAUCCCAGAGGUGCAGGGCUGCCGGAGCAGAGGGUGAAGCGGGAUUCUCAAAGAUUUUUAGAGGGGAAGAACAAUUAGAAUGAGUCUAUGAGUUUGGGAUGGGGCUUUCUUAUGCUCCUAGAAGGGUGAGACCAAUUUAAUCAGACCAGAGGAAGAGUAAGGUCUUUUACUGUUUGCAAAGGGGUGGGUGGUAUAUGUCAACCCUUAGGCUGGGGACAGAAGUCAAACCUGACCCCUAGGCACAGGUAAAACCAACGAUCCUUGGUAGAGUCCUGGGUAAGACCAACGAGGGGCGGAGCAUAUGUAAAACAUCCAGGUGGGGGUGGAGCCAAGGUAAAGGGGUGAGGCUCCCAGGAAAGACUGGAGCGGGCAUUUGUAAAUAACUUGACAGAGGCAGGACCAGUGGUGAUUUUACUCGUAAUGAGGUGUGGUAUGUAAGAUAGUCACUGGUAUGGGGGCCCGCUACAAACUUUAAGGAUGGUUGGGGGCGGGACCAGGACCGCUGAGCCUACCUCCCCUCCUCCACAAAGCAUCGUGUACAAGUAAAGCAGAUGGCGCCCUGCCAGGCUCCCCAGAGGUCUCGAGGUGCUGAACAGAUGCAAAGCAUCUGGAGGCUGCGGGAGGGGCUUUCUAAGCCCCCGCCCCCCAGGCUGCGGAGUCUGUAAAUGGGACGCGGAGAAGCCUUGUGCUCCUAGGCUUGAGACAGCGGUGGGACACCUGUCAAGUAUUUGCGAAACUGUCUCGCUAAAGUCCCCAAAGGGAGGAGCACAAAUAAGUAGAUGGAUGGAAUGGGACAUCCGCUCCCUCGCAGGUAAAUUGGCUGGUUGGGCGGGGCCAGGCCCUCUAAGGCUCCCUGAGGGGCUGGACAUAUGUAAAUCACUUUAGGCGGGGCAAGACGGGGUUCCCCGGGGCCUACGAGCCAGAUGAGCCAACUGGGCUUGAGAUUGGAGACGCCCCGCCUGGUCCUUUGGCCUUCUUCUAAUGCGGGCGAGGCUCCCGGCGUCACAGUGGGUCAUCUACGCUGCGGACUGAGACCGCUUCGGGCGUGGGGGACCAUGGAGGCCUCAGCCGAUUCCUCUGAGGCCCCCGCAGCCUGCCGCUUCUUCCUCGAGGGCCGCUGUCGCUUCGGUGCGCGCUGCCGUCAGCCACAUCCCGGGGCCCCGGCGCCGUCGCCCGAGGUUGCGCAGCCCGAGGCUGGGUCCGCCAGGCCGGAAGCCGGGUCUAAGAAGCCGGCUCUGCGUACUGCUGCUGACGUCAUCCGGCGCAUCCGCUGGGACCCGCGCCUGGACCCCGCUGACUUUUCGGUGGGCUACACCGACCGCUUCCUGGGAGUGCAGGAAGAGCCAUUCUGCGCCUUCUGCUGGGACGAGCCGCUGGCAGCGCUCGGACCCGGCGUGUUGGCAGUGCCGCAGCACCGCAUACGCUACUUCCGCUUCCGCGGCCGCCUGGUGUGGGACCGAGCCUCGCGUACUGACCUUAUUUUUGGCUCGGGCUCAGUGGCUGGACGAGGACCCACUAUCCUUGAUGCGCUGGACGGCAGGGACGAGCAUUGGAAAGAGGUCACGCCAGAAAUUCCUGACACGGAGAAAACAGGGGUGGGUUUAGGGGGUCUGAAUACCCAGGAUAUCCCUGAAGAAGGGGGUGGAAACCCGACCAGAACAGAGCUUGAUUCGGACCUGGAGACACAGGAAGAGAGUGGGGCAAUCAGAGAGACCAGAUCUGGGCUUGAUUCCAGCCAGGAGGCACCCAAAGUGGAUGGGCCGACGGAAGAGACCUGCCUGAAUGGGACCCCUGAGUUAGAAACACCAGACCCAAGCAUGGACUUCUCAGGAGUAAAGGAGAUCUUGAACUCAGUAGAGGCGUCCAGAGCUACUGGGCUUUCACAGUGGCAGGCGCAGGCCAUUCAAACCAAAGGGCUUUCUGCUGAAGAGGAGAUGGAAAGUGUGUGGGAUCCAGGCGCCAGGAGGGCCCCUCGUCAGCCGCGGCCUACACAUUUUGUGGCACUGAUGGUGACAGAGCCUGGGCUUAGGGCUGAGGUGGUCAAGGCCCAAGAGCAUCUGGUCCACAUUGCCCCCUCUUGUGCUGAGUUCCUGGUACCAGCACAGGCCCUGCACCUCACAGUGGUGUUGCUAAGGCUGACAGGCCCCGGGGAGGAGGCUGCAGCAGUUAGAGCUCUUCAGAGAGCCGUCUUGAAACCGGGACUUGAGGUACCCUCCCAGUUACUGUUCCGGGACUUGGUUCUUCUGGGCCAUCAUGUGCUCUGUGCUGUACCCUCCCCCUCAUUGGCAGGCAUGGCCCAAACACUGAAUCAGAGGCUAGAGGCCGAAGGGCUUAGAGUGGUGCAGCCGCCGGAACUCCAGCCACACCUCACCCUGGCUAAGGUCCCCCGUGGAACCCAGGUCUGCCUCCCCAGGCCUGAGUACAUCUUGAACCAGGAGCUAGGAAGGCAGCCCCUAGGGGAACUCUGGCUGUGCUGCAUGGGCAGAGCAGGGAAGAGCUAUGUACCCCUGGCUGAAAUUCCCUUGAAGUGACCCGCGGUUUCAUAGUUCAGAAAAGAAACAGGCCAAGCAGAAAAAGGUUCUUUCUCUCUCUCUCUCUCUCUCUCUCUUUAAUUUGGUUUCAAGCUUUCAAAAUGUACUGUACUCAAUGCUCAAGGAGAAUGAAGGAAGGGGAGGGGAGAGGUGGGGAGGGGAGGUAGGGAGGCAUCUGGAAAGAAAGCAGCCUGACAGUCCAGCUGUUCGCAACCUCAUAGCACAUCCUCCAGUUACAUGGCAGAAGGGGAGGGGUAAAAAAGAAAA